CAUCGCCUGUUUGCAUUUUGUGCAGCAUGCCUUCUUUUUUGGUUUGUAAAAGUUUGUGUCUGUUUGUCAGGAGUGACUCUGCAUGAAGAACACAUUGAGCUGCUGUCAGAGGAAUACAAACAGCUGAAGAGAGAGGUAGAGGGAAAAACCCUGCAGGAAGGUACUCUUCAUUUUACUGGUGGAGCUUUAAAGCCUGGAUUUGGUUUCCCAUCAUUCAGCGGCAUCGCCCGCCUUACCUGGUUGGUUGAGUUGUUUGGUGAGCUCUCAGUAUCUGCAGCAACACUGGAGGAGGACCCUGCUAACAGCUACAGCAAGAUGACUGCAAAGCUGCGAACAUCUGACAGCAGAUCUCUGACAUGGAUUGAGGAACGGCAACCAGGCCUCCCCCGAGCAAAAAACAUCAACUUUCAGUUUGAUUCAGGGGCUCUGACUCAGAUUCCUCCGGCACCAAGAGGGAGCGUGGGCCUUUUUAUGCAAGACCUGAUCCAUUUCUCUGCUAAGCUGGCCGGCCAAGUGAGUCCUGAAGAGCUCCAGAGAGAGAGAGUCAGGGUCCUGCACUGCCUGGAACUGGCAGGCAAAAUACAAGAGCUUUGCCAAGGUUAAAGGGAAGCUCCUUGAUCUCAUUGGAUGAUAGUUACAUUUAUACCCCUGUUUCAAAAACAUUUGUUAUGCUGUGUGGAUAAAAUAAAAUGCAGUGAUUUGAAAGUCUCAUAUGUUUAUAGGCUACGUCCACACGUACACGGGUAUUUUUGAAAACGGAGAUUUUCCGUUUUCGUUUUAAAAAAUAAUCCCGUCCACA